GGCUUACUUCCGUAGGGUUCUACGUCUCUUUCCUUUCCAGAGAGGAGGGGAAGAAAACAGAGGAGGCCCCUAGGUUCGGAGCACGCUGGGCCUUGCUCAGUCGGCUGCCCCUCUUGAGCUCGCCAAGCACGUACCCCGUCGGAGUAGAAGAAUACAUGUUCACUUUCAGCAUAGAAGAGCAUGUUCCCAAAUUCUUCCAACUUGGGUCGUCCACCCUUCCCACUAGAACGACAACAAUAUAACUUCUUCAUUAAUCUUCCAGUACCUCCUGUUGUCUUUCACCAGCAAUUCCAGAGUACAACGACACUUGUGAGUGGUAAUCUUCCAACCAUCCCUCCAGUUUCACCUCCACCCUUUGCCUAUAGAAAUGGCAGUCCAGUGCAUGCAUCAGCUGCAUCUACAUCAUUCCGAGGCAGAAAGAGGCUAAAAGAACAGAGUGUUCCUUAUGAAGUAAAGCGCCAGCGAUUUCAUUCACCACAUCAUGAAUCAGCUUCAGCUAACCAAUUAGUGCCUUUACCUGAAGAUCACAGGCGUUCGUUCCCUGGAUCAAUUUCUUCACCAUUAUUUCAAGCACAUUACAUUUCUGAUUUGACGGGAUGUGUGCCCCCCUUACGAGAAACUUCAUUUCUUGACCCUGCUGAACCUGCACUACCUGUGGCCAAAGAUAAGCUAAGUCAGCAAGUACUGGAGUUAUUUCAAGCGUGUCAACAACAAAUAAGUGAUUUGAACAAAAAAGAGCUUUGCCGAACACAACUCCAAAGGGAAAUUCAGCAGAUCUUUCCAAAUAGUAGACUAUUUUUGGUUGGGUCCUCAUUAAAUGGAUUUGGAACUCGUAGCAGUGAUGGUGACUUGUGCCUCGUGGUUAAAGAAGAGCCAAUGAAUCAGAAGACUGAAGCAAGACAUAUACUCGGCUUACUCCAAAGACACUUCUGUAGGAAACUUUCAAACUACAUUGAGAGACCUCAACUGAUUCGCGCAAAAGUGCCAAUAGUGAAGUUCAGGGACAAAGUCAGCUGUGUGGAGUUUGACUUGAAUGUAAACAAUGUUGCAGGAAUAAGAAAUACAUUCCUUUUGAGAACCUAUGCAUACAUUGAGAGUCGAGUGCGUCCAUUAGUGCUGGUUGUAAAGAAGUGGGCAAGCUUUCAUGGCAUAAACGAUGCCAGUCGAGGCACUUUAAACAGCUAUAGUCUUGUGCUGAUGGUUUUGCACUAUUUACAAACCCUACCUGAACCUAUCCUUCCAUCCCUCCAAAAAAAUUACCCAGUAUCUUUUGAUCCUACUAUGCAGUUGCACCUUGUGCAUCAAGCUCCAUGCACCAUUCCUCCUUACCUUUCAAAAAAUGAAUCAACACUUGGAGACCUGUUGGUGGGCUUCCUGAAAUAUUAUGCUACAGAAUUUGAUUGGAGCCGUCAGAUGAUUUCAGUUCGUGAAGCCAAAGCCAUUCCAAGACCUGAUGGUAUUGAAUGGAGAAACAAGUUCAUUUGUGUAGAAGAACCUUUUGAUCGAACAAACACUGCCAGAGCAGUACAUGAAAAACAGAAGUUUGAUAUUAUCGUAGAUGAAUUUCGCAAGUCAUGGCAAAGACUGAGAGACAGGAGGGAUUUGAACUGUAUACUACCUUUAAGAGACACUAUACGGAAAAGAUGAUUGGCUUCUCUCUCCUUAAAUGGACCCUUCUGGAAUAUAGUAUAAAAGGACAUUAUCAAACCCCAGGAUGCAGUUUUUUCCUUUUACCCAUGGCACUUUUUUAAGAGGAGGAUUUUCUUUUGGAUUUUUGUUAAGAAAACUUUUGUAAGAAUUUAAAAAAGGCUACCUUUAUGAAAUUUAUUAAAACUAUACGAAGAUUGGCUUUCUGAAACAGAUUGAAUCAGUGACCAAUAAAAAGACUGCUGUAGUACAAAAUGUCGCAAA